AUGGGAGGUCUGCAUCAUGCAAAGAAGAGUGAAGCAAGUGGUUUUUGCUACAGUAAUGAUAUCGUUUUGGCUAUCUUGGAGCUGCUCAAGCACCAUCAGCGAGUCCUUUACGUGGACAUAGAUAUACAUCAUGGAGAUGGGGUAGAAGAAGCUUUUUACACAACGGACAGAGUAAUGACUGUAUCCUUCCACAAGUAUGGUGAAUAUUUCCCGGGCACAGGUGACCUGAAAGACAUUGGUGCUGAAAAAGGAAAAUAUUACGCGCUCAACUUCCCCCUUCGCGAUGGAAUAGAUGACGAAGCUUACGAGCGAAUCUUCCGGCCAGUCAUACAAAAGGUCAUGGAGAGCUUCCAACCAUGUGCGAUUGUGCUACAAUGUGGCGCUGAUUCUCUCACUGGAGAUCGUCUUGGUUGUUUCAACCUUACUUUGAAAGGCCAUGGCAAAUGUGUCGCAUUUCUGAAGAAGUUCGGGAUCCCUCUCAUGCUAGUCGGAGGAGGUGGAUACACCAUUCGAAACGUAUCAAGAUGUUGGACUUACGAAACAUCCGUAGCUGUAGAUACUGAAAUCGCUAAUGAGUUGCCUUACAAUGACUACUUCGAGUAUUUUGGACCAGACUUCAAACUCCACAUCGAGAAAUCUAACAUGACAAAUCAGAACACUCAGGAUUAUUUGGAGAAAACGAUGACGCGAUUGUUCGAGAAUCUUCGAGAGUUGCCGUAUGCGCCUUCAGUACAGAUGCAACCUAUUCCUCCGGAUACUAUAUAUGUGCCGGAAAAGUCAUUACUGGAAGACCAUACUAAUCCUGACGUAUGUUUUAUCUGACG